CUCUCCGACACGGAAGGGGAGAAGCUGGAGCAACAGCUGGGAAGACGUCAGGACCUGCAGCGGGGGUGGGGAGGGCUUCCUGCUUGUGUCCGCGCAUUGCAAGCCCUUGAGUGCCACAAGGGUGAGCCUCUGGAGUGAGUCCCUGGUGCUCCAGCGAGGAGCCAGGCUGCCUCUCAGAGCCCUUCCAGCCUGGAGCGCACAGAGGUGUCUUGCUGCUGAAGGCUCCCAGAGAGCAGAGGGGCCCUGGGUCUGGGGGCAAACCCCACCAUGGCGUUCACCAUGCUGAGACCCGUGGCAGCUCACAUGCUGUACCCAGACCUCAGCAUGCUCUCCGAGGACGAAGAAAACCGGAGCGAGAGCGACGCCUCGGACCAGUCCUACGGCUGCUACGAGGACCUGGAGACCAGGAGGAAGGUGGCCAGGAAGCCAGGCCAGGUGGUGAUGGUGAAGCAGAGGCAGGCAGCUAACGCCCGGGAGAGGGACCGGACGCAGAGCGUCAACACAGCCUUCACGGCCCUGCGGACCCUCAUCCCCACCGAGCCCAUGGAUAGGAAGCUGUCCAAGAUCGAGACCCUCCGCCUGGCCUCUAGCUACAUCUCCCACCUGGCCAACGUGCUGCUGCUCGGAGAGGGCUGCGAGGACGGGCAGCCCUGCUUCAGUGCCAUCUAUGGCUCCAAGGGGGAGCUGGACAACAAACAGCCCCGCAGCAUCUGCACCUUCUGCCUCAGCAACCAGAGGAAAGGGGGCAGCCGGAGGGAGCUUGCGGGCAACUGCCUGAAGGCGCGAGGGGUGAACCCAAUGCGGGUGCCGCGGAGAUGAGCCCAAGCUGCGGGAGCAUCUGCCUGAGGAGCCAGGCCAGGCGGCCGAACCCCAGAACACAUGAGCCUGAUAUUCCAGCCCGGGGUGGGGGAAGGAGCAAGGGACCCCUGGAGCUCAAGGAAAGGAAAGCCUGUGUGAGAUGAGCUCACACUCAAAGGACUACACGGAGACACAGGGGGCUGGGGCUGCACCGACUUGGACUGAAAGGCAGGACGAUGCUCUAGAUGCAAAUAAGAGAGAGAGAGAGAGAGAGAGAGAGCGACCGCUCCUCUGCCAUCCACUGUGCCUGACCCUCACGGCCAGCGGGAGCUCGGGGGCAGCAAGGCUCACUGACCCCUGGAAGGGGAUGUUGGCCCAGUGGCUGCAGGACAGAGGAGCGGGCAAGGGCAAGCGUGUAAAAUAUCGUUCAAUGGUCAGUGUUGAUACAGAGCUUUAUGAGAGUUAAGAUUAUUGCAGGUCUCCAUGGUCACUGGGUUUUUUUUUUUCCAUAUU